AGGAAACCAAAUGGGAUCGGAUCCCAGGUCUAAACGGGUCAACCAGCCAAAACCCCAAAUGUAUCCAAAAUUCUUCAAACCAUUGAUUUAAGUUUUAACACACGUUGAAGCUCUUCUAAUGGCGGAAUUGCUCUUCAAAUAUCCCCAGUACUAAUAUCAGCGGUAACGCUCAUUAGCAAGAGGCCCAUUAUUAAUGGUUCGAUUAAGAUCAAUUUUGCUAUUUAUUCUGCUCUUUAAGAGCUUCGGGUCAAUUAUUAUUGCCGAACAAAGUGAAGAAGAGUUCUCAGAAGCACUGUUGUUGAGGCCAUUACCAGAUCGUAAAGUGUUGGCGCAUUUUCACUUCGAAAGUAAAAUCCCUCCAACUCGCACUCAUGGACCCCACCACAGUCUCUUCCCCAAAUCCAUUUAUCAGCUGGUUCAUAAAUUUAGAGUUCGAGAAAUGGAGCUGUCCUUCACACAAGGUCGCUGGAAUUAUGGACGCUGGGGUGGAUACGACCCCAUUUCAAGUAGAAAUGCGAAGCCACCUGGAGUUGAACUGUGGGCUAGUUUUGAUGUUCCACAACAUCAGGUCGACGCUUCUUGGAGAAAUUUAACCCAUGCUCUUUCAGGGCUCUUUUGUGCUUCUAUUAACUUCCUAGAGUCAUCAACUGCAUAUUCUGCUCCUCGGUGGAGCUUCAAGUCAUUUACCACAAAUGUCAGGUACGGCACAUUGCCCCGUGAGGCUGUUUGCACAGAGAACCUCACUCCAUGGCUAAAGUUGCUUCCUUGCCGAGACAAAGCUGGGCUUUCUGCAUUGAUGGACAGACCUUCUAUCUACAGAGGAUUUUAUCACUCUCAGAGAUUGCAUUUGGUCUCGAAUGAAUUUGAUCUAGCUGAAGCAAUUUCCGGAAUGGUGCUUGAACAGACACUUACCGUUGUUCUUCAACCGGUUACUUUAGGAAGUGGCAUGACAUUUGGCUCAAUACGACAGCCAAGUUGGUCAUUGAGCUCGUUGUUUGGACGAAAAGUUAGUGGAAGGUGUAUUCUUUCAAAUACUAGUAACGUGUAUGUCCAAUUAGAGCCGAAUUUGGUGUCAGAAUUGAAGAGUACUUCAGCUAUGCAACAAGAAUCUGAUGUUAAGAAUUUGGUAUCUCAAGCUUGGAGAGAUAUGAGCUUUGAAAUGUCUGAUUCCCCAGUUAGGGUAAUUAAAGAAGUUUAUGGCUUUCACAAGGAGUCAUCCCUUCUAUAUGAAUAUUCUCUAGCAAAUAGCAGUGAUUCAAGGCCAUUUGACUUGGAGUUCAGGUGGAAGCAUCCCGUGACAUGGUCAUCUCAACUGGCACCUUUGCAGGCUAGCAGGUUCCUUAUGGGAAGUGGGAAUGAAAGGGGUGCAAUAGCCAUCUCCUUGAAAUCUGUAGGAAGAAGUGAGUAUACGGAUUCUUCUGAUGAUGAGGACGGAAGAUGCUCGUUACGGGUUGAUGUGUUCCAAGUUGUGCCUUGGUAUGUCAAGGUUUAUUACCACACACUCAAAGUGUAUCUUGAUGAACGUCUGCAUAGUUUAGCAGAUGUCAUAGAAAGGACAAAUGUCUCGCCUUCUGAAGACAAGGUUUCUCCUGGGCUAAUGGAAAUAGCAUUGCGAUUACCCUGUGAUGUGAACUCGGUGAUAUUGACAUUGGAGUUUGAUAAGGGUUUUCUGCACAUCGAUGAGUAUCCUCCAGAUGCUAAUCAGGGUUUUGACAUUCCAUCAGCUUUAAUCAGGUUUCCCGAGAUCAAGACAAAACUGCAUUUAUUUGAGGAUAAAUCUUCUUGCAAGUCACCUCUCUUAUCCAAGCUACAGGAAGAAAGCCCUGUUCUAUGGUACACAGAAGUAUUGCUUGUACCCUUGACCACUCCUGAUUUUAGCAUGCCAUACAAUGUCAUCACAAUUACAUGCACUGUAUUUGCUCUAUAUUUUGGAUCACUUCUUAACGCACUACGUAGGCGUGUCGAAGAGGAGGAGAGGCUUCUGAAAAGUAAAGCUACCAAGGACAGUAGUCUUAUAGGCGUGCUACUGUCCAAACUAUCAGCUAAAUUGAGGGGAAAACCGUUGGAACCACCGAAAUCGUCCGCAUCAUCAUCAUCAAAAGUCAGUUAUAAGCUGAUUCUCAGAGUGAUACUGGUGGCGGGUAUUGCUGUUGCUUGGCAGUACUUUGGAUAACCUCCAAAUGAAGCUACAUAAGGGGUUUUGUACAAUAUGUUACCUGAUUCCACGGACUAAUUGCAUAGAUUUUAUGAAUCAACCUCAAGCUUCCUUAUCUAGGAUUGAGCAUUGUAUCAUUCAAUUAAUUGUCAACCGCAUUUGUGUACAAUUAGCUCUUAGCUUUACAUGUCCCUCUGAGUGAUUGCUGAAGAAUUUAAAACCGUAGUGCUAAUGAGGCUAGGAUAGGUCUACUAUGUCGAGUUCCUUUUUUUCUUUUUUCUUUUUA